AUGAAGGUUAAUUCCUUGGUGAGCCUUGCGGCUGCGGCAGCGGCUGCGGGAGUUGCGCGAGCGGCUUCCUCGUCAGAUGAUGAUCUCGCGCUCUUUGCGAAGCGAAGGACCGCGGAUCUCGCGCAGUUUCCUGAUCCUACGUGGUUUGCGAAUAUCGACACGUGGUUGUCCUCGCAAAAGGAUGAUGGCACCUGGUCUGAUGUAAACUAUCUGUCUGGCUGUCCUGCGCAACGUGCCAAUUGGCCAAUCCAGGAGCAUUGGAACAGACUGAUCACCUUUGGGGCUGCGUGGAGCGGUGUCAAUCCUGUCGUUUCGAGCAGCUGGGCCAAAGACCCGAAGCUUCUGGCUGCUGUUCAGAAGGGUCUGGAUUAUUGGUUCAGCAAUGACUAUACUCCGGCUGACUGCAUGGGAGAUGGCGGAGAAGCAUCAAAGGGAUGUCCUUGUGGUACGCCUGGUUUGUGGAAUACGAACUGGUAUGAUCAGGCCAUCCUGAUUCCUCAGCUGUGCUCGACUGCCUGCCUCCUCGUCAAGGAUGCAAACCUCACCGAGACGCAGCGGGCGGGCUGCGAGCGCAUUCCGUAUCGAGCGUAUGCUCUCCGAGACGGUACCUACGGUACUGGUGGCCGCAUGACCGGAGCCAACAUGGUCUUGGUUAUGCAAAACUCAGUCACCUUGGCGCUUUUUACGGAUAACAGCACGAUUCUGUCGGAUUCUAUGACUAGAGCCAUGUCUGUAAUGACUUUUGAGGAUGCUGCUGGUGUGGAUGGUAUCCAUCGAGACGGCACGUUUCUGCAGCAUGACGGUCUCUUGUACAACGGCAACUACGGCAAGGAUUUGUUGAAUGCGUUCAUUCAGCUUGAAGGAGAGGCAAUUGGUACCUCAUUUGCCGCGGACAACAGCACCAGGGAGGCCAUGUCCACUUACAUCAAGGGCGACGAGUGGAUGAUUUUCACAGACUCUGAGACCAGAACCGAGCACUGGGACUUUAACGCCAUCGGUCGCUUUGUUUCUUUCCCUACCGUUGACUUGCAAGCGAGCGCAGACAUCAACUUCAAUGUCUCCAAGCUCGCGGCCGCCGUUGCCGACUUCACGGGCUCGUACGCCGUCAACGAUACCAUCAGCCGACUCCUAUCCAACGGCACCGAGAAGCUCACGGGCAACAAGGGCUUCUGGGCGAGCGACUACAUGGUCCACCGCAGACCCAACUUUGUCCUCACGAACAAGAUGAUUUCCACCCGGUCGGCCAACUCGGAGAGCGUCAACGGCGCCAACCCGUACGCCUACCACAUGGGCCAGGGCACCCUGUACUCGUACGUCACGGGCACCGAGUACAAGGACAUUAUGGGCGCGUGGGACUGGAAUCUCGUUCCGGGGACGACGACCCUGCUCGACCAGCCCACGCUUCAGGCUUCUCAGGUAAAAUACACCGGGCUCAAGGACUUUGUGGGCGUCGUCAGCGACGGCAAGUUUGGUGCUGCUGUGGAAGACUAUCUCGAUCCGUUGACGCAGAAUCUUUCGUACCGCAAGUCGUGGUUCUUUGUGGACGAGGGCGUCAUUGUCAUCACCACGGAUAUCAAGAAGAACGCGACCGCCCCCGUCAUCACGGUGCUGGACAAUCGCGCUGCCGAGUCUUCCAAGACAAAGGCAUUCGUGAAGAACGGCCCCCUUGCGCAGUUGACGGGCGAGCAGCACGUCGCCACAGACACGCUUUACUACGCAAACAACGGCUACCUUGCCUACGACACGCCCUUUGACCUGACGCUGUCGGUGGGCAAGCGAAGCGGCAACUGGUCCGAGAUAUCCACCUCGACUCAGGGCGUCGAGACCGUCGACAUCUUCUCCGCUUACACGACGAUCAAGGGCGACAAGUUCACCUACGGCUUCUUCCCGUCCAUCUCGUCCCAGAAGCUGACCAAGGAGCUCGUGAAGCCGACCUGGACGCCCAUCACCAAGAAGGGCAUCUCGGGCAUCUACGGCAAAAACCGAGCCAGCCUCGCCUUCUGGCCCGGCGGCGCCAAGUCCGUCGCGCUGGACCUCAAGGAUCUGGGCUGGGCGAGCGCCGGCACGCUGACGUUUACGUCCGACCAGCCGGCGGUGUACCUCCUCAGCGCAAAGAGCAAGGAGGGCAACAGCCUGCGGUUGACGGUGACGCUGGCUGAUCCUACGCAGAAGCUUGGCGCGGCUUCGUACUCGAUCAAGAUUGCGGGUCAGAAGCACGCGGUGAGGGAGAUGGGGGAGAGGAGCGAGGGGAUUGAGAGGAGGGGGGAUGGCGGGAUUGGAUUUGGGGUGAAGUUGCCUACGGGGGGGCUGGCUGGUUCGUCGGUCAGUCGGGAGGUGACUUUGGAGUUGAACUAA